AUGACGUCCAUGAAGAUGUGGUAUCUCUUGCUCCUCGCUGCCGUCCUGCCCAUUGUUCCCACAGUGGCUGAAGUGGUGAAGUCGGUGUCCGACUGUAACCAGUUUCUCCUCAACAAAACUCCACCAGAUGUCACAAGCAUCUUGGAGGGCAAGAAAAUGGACGAGAACCGAUACAAAUUCAUAUGUCAGACUUACGAUAAAGAGAGAAGGUUUCUGACGCUCUACGACACCAAGAACAAGAUUCCUGUGUAUUCUGCCUACAAGUACACAGGGGAAACAGAGAAGGGAACAUUCAAAAGACCCAAAUGGAUGAUAGAGCCACAGCUUGAGGGAAAAACGAAUGAGAAGAUGAUGUGUAAUGCAGAUGACAACACAAUUUACGUCAAGCAAGCUGGGAUCAAAGAUUACGAAAACAAAGAAGGGUUUAACAAGGGCCAUUUAAUUCCAUACUCUUAUGGAUCCACCACAUCUGACAAAAAAUCCACCUGUACGCUAACCAACAUUGUUCCACAAGCAAUUACAUUCAACGGGGGAAGCUGGAGCACAAUGGAGAAGUGCGUCAAAUGUGUUAUGGACAAAUACUGCAAAAUCAACAACGGUGGUACUAAAGCCUAUGUGGUUACUGGAGCAAUACCCAACGACAGAAACAAACAACUCAAUAACAAGAUUAAUAUUCCUGACAAGCUCUGGUCAGCAUUCUGCUGCUACAGCCCCAAAGAGAAAAAAUGGAUAGCAAGCGCACACUGGGGUGAGAAUGUUUCAGAAAAUGAAUCUAGAAAGAAAAAUGAAAAAUAUAAAACUUCUGGAUUCUGGACUCUGGAAGAACUCCUCAAUGAACUGAAGGUAGAUGUGUUUCCUGGAAAAGAUUGUCCUCGCCAUACAAAGAUUACUAAGUUUUACCCAAAAUCUAACAACUGCUCAUGCCCCCCCUCUACUUAAACCACUUCUGCCUGUCCCAUGUAACAUCUGCCCCUUUCACCACAACAUCUGGUCAACUAUAUCGAGUCCUGCCUAGUCUACAGCUGCCUCUCCCUUUACCACAUCUGUAGUCAGAUGUGUCUUUGAGGUUCAAUCUGUACAACAAAAAUAUUCAACUCUGGUGAAAAAUAGGGACAUUCAAACAAAACCUUUAAUCUUUGUUUAUUCAACUAUGUUCAAAAUUGAAUGAAAAUGUAUAAUCAGCAGCUAACAUGAACGCAUAUAUAAAAAUAAUUAAUCGAGAUAUUGCAUCAUCUUAACUACAAAAAUUAUUCAAUGCAGAAUUAACAACCUGAAAAUGUUUCACAAUGUGUCACAAAUGUUUGAAUCUUCAGGCUUCUAAACAUGUUGGUCUUCAGAUAAUUGAUGAACCAUACAGAGAAUGCCAAACUGUGCAAUGUAAUAUCUGUUAUGGCAAUUUGUAUCUCAUAGCAUUAUUGUUUGUUUCUCAUACUGUUUGAUGUCAUUCAUGUAUCAAAAUGUACUUCACCGAGGUCACCGUCAGUUCAGUGUUCUCCACUACGGCAUCCUCUGUACUUUCCUACUUCUCUAUUCUCAUUCACACUCAUGACCCUGGGCCCAAUCCGGCCGGACACAGUACCAGACUCAUUUAUUUAUUUAAGGACAGUGCACAUUAAUCAACAUUUCUGUAAAUGUGCCAGUGUUAGCCAGCAGGCUAAUUUUCAACUGUAGUCCAACAGAUGCUAAAAACAACCACACUCCACAGCUCCGUAAAACACAUGCACUCUUCUCCUUCCUUUAUACUCUCCUGCAGACUGCUCUGUACUCGGUAUGACUUGUACCUCUGAGGCCUCAUAAAUACGGCAAAGACAACUCUGUGUUCGGGGCCAACUUUAAUUUACAUCUCGGUUUAUUUCCAUUACAUAUCCAACUGGCUAGGGUCCAUCUAUCCUUUAUUGAUCUCUUGUGAACAUAUUUUAAGAUUCUGUCAUGAGCCCUUUAUUUACUGAGGCCCCAGGGCAACAUCUAGCGUCCUUUUCUAAUGUAAAGCAGUAAACUAAGUGAUGAUUGGAAUAAACAUUAAAACAAGAUAUAUUGCUUAUAUCAGCAAACUUAAAACUGCCUUGGCCGAGGUGUUUUGGUUAUUUUUGCUUGGGAACAAUGUCUAAAAGUUGAUGGAACACUUCUAUAAACAAACUGUGGCCACUCUGCUCAAAAAAGCAUUAUUUUUCUGUCAAAACAUUGGUGCUACAGGUACUGACUUAAUUUAUAGGAAUAUUUGAAAAUGUCUCCAUAAAUACAUUUCUAAUUCUACAAAGAAAAAGAAAAACUUUGAUCAUUAUAAAUAUCAUGACUCUGUGAACUGAUAUCACCAUAUGAAUAUUAAACAGGGAAGCAGCUAUAAGUGUUCCAGAUAUUUCACUUAUAUAUUUCUGUAGAAAUUGGUAAGUCUUUAAUUGAGUAAUUGGAUAUUAAAAUAGUCUAAAUUACAAAUUGUCCUACUUUGGUCUAAGAGACAAACAAACAAUAAAAGACAUGUGUGCAGAAUAUAUCACAAAACCAAACAGCAUCCUGUUACUCUAAAUUUGGUAAUUUGUAUUGUACCACUACUUAGAUUUUGUUUUCCCUGUAACUGAGAAGGGGAUGUCAUAUUUAGUAAAAUUCCUUUGGUUUGUCAGUGAAAACUGUUUUGUCUCCAGAUGAGAGAGUUUGAUGAUUUAUUCCAGCUACAGUGAUGUCAUCUCUGUCUCCUCCUUGAACAUUUGUUUUUUUUCUACGAUAAAUAAAUAAUUACAGUAAACCAAACCCCUGUAAGGAGUCCCCAGUGUUAAAUAUUUGUGAUUUUAACAUGUAAAUGAAGCAAUGUGGUAUAAUCUGAGAAGAAAAUAAACGUAUUUUUCAACUUUU